AUGGCUAACGUCCACAUGGAGAUUCUACAAGACGGUCGGCUCUUGAAGCACCAAUGUAAAAUCUGUCUAAAAUCCUACUUGUACGAAAGCGGGCUCAAGUUGCACUACUCCAGUCAUCAUCGAGAACUGGGAAUUGACUAUUCUGUGAUUUGUGAUGUUUGUGGAAAGAGUCUUUCUUGUAAAAGCAAGCUCAAACAACACCUACGCACUCACACUGGGGAUAAACCGUUCCCUUGUCCUAUUUGUUCCAGGAAAUUCAUCACCAAGGAUUUAAUGACCUCCCAUAUGAGAGUACACACUGGUGAAAAGCCCUACGUCUGCAUGUACUGUGGUAAAGAGUUCGCACAGGGAGCCCCAUAUCGGUACCACUUAAAGACCCACACUGGAGAGAAGUCUUGUAGUUGUCACAUGUGCGGAAAACAGUUUAUUUCGAAAGGAAAUAUGAGGAUCCAUUUAAAGAGUUGUUAUAUUAAGAAAGAAAUCUUUAAAGAUGAAGGGUAUGCAUUGCAACAUGUUUCAGUUCGUUUGAAAACUGAGCCUGACAACUAA